AAUUGAAAUGAAUCCAUAUUAUACAUAUCGUACGUACAUAUACAAGUAUCUACGCACGCGUACACGUGUAUAUAUACACUUACACACAUAUAUAUAUAAAUAUUAGCCCAGUGUAUCGCCGUCUACCUAAAACGAUUGGGUAUGGGGAUACAAUCACAUUCACCGACAAUAUGCAUAGUAAUAGCAAUAACUGUGUGGUUUCUUAUUACUACAGUUUCCAUCGCCGGAGCAAAAGUGCCGGCGAUCAUAGUAUUCGGCGACUCCACCGUGGAUUCCGGCAACAACAACUUCAUUCCGACCAUUGCCAGGGCCGACUUCGAACCCUACGGCCGCGAUUUCCCCGGCGGGGAACCUACCGGCCGCUUCUCCAACGGCCGUCUCUCCUCCGAUUUCAUCUCCGAAGCCUACGGUCUGAAGCCGACAGUUCCUGCUUAUCUCGACCCUUCCUACAAUAUCUCCGAUUUCUCCACCGGAGUCUGCUUCGCUUCCGCCGGCACCGGCUACGACAAUGCUACCGCCGACAUAUUAGGAGUGAUUCCACUGUGGAAAGAAAUCGAAUAUUACAAAGAAUACCAACACAAACUCGCGGACAACCUCGGCCGGAGAAAAGCUACGACGAUCAUCCGAGAAGCUCUGUACGUCGUCAGCAUCGGAACCAACGACUUCCUCGAGAACUACUUCACUUUGCCCGACAGGAGAUCUCAGUUCACCAUCCAACAGUACCAAGAUUUUCUUGUCGGAAUCGCAGAAGGGUUUUUAAGGAAACUGUACGGGCUGGGGGCUCGAAAGAUGUCGUUCACUGGGAUUUCUCCCAUGGGUUGUCUGCCAUUGGAAAGAGCCACGAACUUUGACGAACCGGAGAGCUGCGUGAAGAGCCUCAACGAUCUGGCGCUGGAAUUCAACGGGAGGUUGAAGAAACUGGUGGGGAAACUGAACAUGGAGCUUCGCGGCAUGAAGAUAUUCUUCGCUGAUCCGUACGAUAUUGUAUGGGAGCUUGUGAACAGACCCUCCGUUUUCGGACUGGAGGAGGCAGGAACUGCGUGUUGCGGGACAGGAACGUUCGAGAUGGGGUUUCUGUGCAGCCAUGACAAUCCCUUCACAUGUACUGAUGCCGACGCUUUUGUCUUCUGGGACGCUUUCCACCCGACUCAGAGAACUAAUCAGAUCGUCUCUGAUUACUUCCUCAGCCAUCUCAAGCUCUUGUUUCCUUGAUGCCCGUUUCCUGACAUCACACUCACUCUUUUUGGGAUGAGCUAGUAACGGUUUCUUGUUAUGCAAGAAAUCCAUAGAACCCUUUUUUAAGAUGAUGAUUUUUUGAGGAUUCUUUCUAUAAUUGCCAGCUAGAUUUUUUAGCAUAUGAAUGAAAAAUCAAAAUCAAUGACUACAAUGUAACUCGUACGCUUAUGAAAGUCAUGGAACCGUUAUAUAUAUAUAUAUAUUCAGCUGAAACCAUAACGGAGAAAAGAUUGUACAUAAAUAAAACAACAAAAUCAAUAUAUAGGAUUU